AUGAAGGAAUAUAGCCUAUCGGAGCGAAAGAAGUUUGUCAUCGUGGGAGCAGGAUGGGGAGGAUGGGGAGCGGCGAAAGCUCUUUGCGAAGGCGGGGUCGAUGCAGAGAUCAUAAUGAUCGACGCGCUACCGGAUCCGACGGGUAGAACACCGUACCUUUCUUCAACCGGGAAACCUGUAGAAGCCGGCACUCGAGGAUUCUGGAAGGACUAUCCGAAUAUAAAUGCACUUUGCAAGGAAUUGGGGCUGAAUGAAAACGAAAUAUUCACUGAUUACACUAAUUCUUCCUUCUACUCUCCUGACGGCUUGGAGGCGACCGCUCCUGUUUUCUCCAACGCCAACCUUUCCGGUCAGAAAAUUCCUCCCCUACCCUCUCCUUUAGGGCAGGUUCUUGCCACAUUUCCCUUGUUUGAACGUAUCCCGUUAAUAGACCGUGCUUCAAUGGUCGGCCUUCUGGUUGCUACGAUUGACUGUCUAGGAGGCGACGAAAGCGUCCAAGCACAGUACGAUCGUAUGACUGCCCAUGAGUUGUUCAUCAAGUUUCAACUCACUCCGCGAUUGGUCGAAGACUUUAUCAAACCCACACUUUUGGUCGGUCUUUUUAAACCACCAGAAGAGCUCAGUGCUUUGGUGGUGAUGGAGCUCUUGUACUACUAUGCACUAGCGCAUGUGGACAGCUUUGAUGUUCGAUGGAUCAAGAAUGGAACAGUUAGUGACUCGUUGGUUGCGCCUUUGGCUACCAAAUUGGAAACCGAGUUUAACUUGACUGUCCUUGGGGGCUGUCGCGUCGGAAAGAUUUCGGUAGAAGAGUCUAUAGACAAGAAACAUCGGGUCUCAAGUCUCGAGUAUAGCGUGAACGGAAAGACUGAAAAAAUUGAGAAUAUUGACGGUGCUAUCUUGGCUCUUUCCUGUAAUGGAAUGAACUCAGUCGUCAGUAGCAGUCCUGAUCUUGCCCGUUUCCCAGUCUUUUCUCAGGCUGCGUCGUGCAAGGGAAUUGAUGUCAUUUCUUGCCGUCUUUGGCUCGACAAGACCGUCCCAACACGGACACCCGCCAAUGUACUUUCCCGAUUCGAGGAACUUCGCGGUGCUGGUGGAACUUUUUUUAUGCUCGACCAACUCCAGUCCGAUAAUGUCAGGGAGCUCUGGGGUGGUGACGAGCCGCAAGGAUCUGUUGUGGCUUGCGAUUUUUACAAUGCCGGUGCGAUCCUCAGCAUGAGUAACGAGGACAUUAUCAAGAUACUUAUCCAAGACUUGUUGCCAGCGGCUGUGACCGAGUUUGGGGAUGCAAAGGUUGUCGACUCUUGGAUAGGCCGCUACCCCGGAACAGUAUCUUGGUUUGCCCCCGGAACGUUCGAUAAACGACCUCCGUUGCAAGGCGCUGGUAAAGCACUUCAAAAUCUCAAGUGCGCUGGGGACUGGGUGCGUAUGGGCGACCGCGAGCACGGCGCGAAGGGGCUUUGUCAGGAGAGGGCAUAUGUGUCGGGUUUAGAAGCCGCAAACGCCUUAUUGCAGGACGUCGCAACAGUGAGCAAAGCCCACAACGUGAUUCCAGUCCGUGAGGAUGAAGCCCAGUUCAAAGCGGGUGUAGCCCUCAACAAUCAAGUCAUGACGAUCUUCCCACGGUUUUGGGUGCGCUAG